CCGAGUCCUCUUCUUCCACAGGAUUGUUCAGAAGAACAUCACAAUGUCCCACGGAAUGAUCAGCUUGUGAAUAUGGGUGAAGAUCUGAACAAUAUUAAUCCUACAGAGACAUAUGUGAGGGACGAUGAGCAGAGCACAGAGGGCAUUCCUACAGAUAACUGCCCAGGCCUGUGCCUUAUCAGCCAGUCUUAAGUGGGACUCCCAGACUCCUCCCUCCUCCAAUUGCAAGCAUGGUUACAUGCUGGAAGUAACUGAUGACUGUACCAGGAACUUACAGAAACAUCUUGUAUCUUCAGAUUUUGAAGUAUCUGAUCAUGGUAUCACACAAGAUACAUAUGAAGAACAUACCAAUAUCCAAGACAUACCUUCAUCCAUUCACAGCAAAAAUGUAUCACUUGAUCCUUUCAAACAGGUCCAAUCUUCUGAUUCAUCACAGACUGUAACACAAAAUAAAAGUCACAGAAGAGGUGUUAAACAUCAAACAGCUCACAUAAAAAAGGAGCCAUUUUCAUGUUCAGAAUGUGGGAAAUGUUUAAACCAGAAAUCAGAUCUUAUUAGACAUAAGAGAAUUCAUACAGGGGUGAAGCCAUUUUUAUGUUCAGAAUGUGGAAAAUGUUUUAAGAAGAAAUCAGCUCUGGUUGUACAUCAGAGAAAUCACACAGGUGAGAAGCCAUUUUCAUGUUCAGAAUGUGGGAAAUGUUUUAACCAGAAAUCAGAUCUUAUUAGACAUCAGAGAAUUCAUACAGAGGUGAAGCCAUUUUCAUGUUCAGAAUGUGGGAAAUGUUUUAACCAGAAAUCAGAUCUUAUUAAUCAUCUGAGAAUUCACACAGGGGAAAAGCCAUUUUUAUGUUCAGAAUGUGGGAAAUGUUUUAUGAAGAAAUCCGCUCUGGUUGUACAUCAGAGAAAUCACACAGGUGAGAAGCUAUUUUCAUGUUCAGAAUGUGGGAAAUGUUUUAACCAGAAAUCAGAUCUUAUUAAUCAUCAGAGAAUUCACACAGGGGAAAAGCCAUUUUUAUGUUCAGAAUGUGGGAAAUGUUUUAAGAAGAAAUCAGCUCUAGUUGUACAUCAAAGAAUUCACACAGGGGAAAAGCCAUUUUUAUGUUCAGAAUGUGGGAAAUGUUUUAAGAUGAAAUCAGCUCUGGUUGUACAUCAAAGAAUUCACACAGGGGAAAAGCCAUUUUCAUGUUCAGAAUGUGGGAAAUGUUUUAUGAAGAAAUCAGCUCUGGUAUUACAUCAGAGAAAUCACACAGGUGAGAAGCAAUUUUCAUGUUCAGAAUGUGGGAAAUGUUUUAACCAGAAAUCGGAUCUUAUUAAUCAUCAGAGAAUUCACACAGGGGAAAAGCCAUUUUUAUGUUCAGAAUGUUGGAAAUGUUUUAAGAGGAAAUCAGCUCUGGUUGUACAUCAGAGAAAUCACACAGGUGAGAAGCCAUAUUCAUGUUCAGAAUGUGGGAAAUGUUUUAACCAGAAAUCGCAUCUUAUUAAUCAUCAGAGAAUUCACACAGGCGAAAAGCCAUUUUUAUGUAAUGAUUGUGGGAAAUGUUUUAACCAGAAAUCAGAUCUUAUUAGACAUCAGAGAAUUCAUACAGAGGUGACGCCCUUUUCAUGUUCAGAAUGUGGGAAAUGUUUUAACCAGAAAUCAAAUCUUAUUAGACAUCAGAAAAUUCACACAGGGGAGAUGCCAUUUUGUUGUUCAGAAUGUGGGAAAUAUUUUAAGCAUAAAUCGAAUCUGGUUGUACAUCAGAGAAUUCACACAGGGGUGAAGCCAUAUUCAUGUUCAGAAUGUAGAAAAUGUUUUAGAUAUAAAUCAGAACUUGUCACACAUGAGAAAAUUCACACAGGGAAGAAGCCAUUUUCAUGUUCAGAAUGUGGGAAAUGUUUUAACCAGCUAUCACAUCUUGUUAUCCAUCAGAGAAUUCACACAGGGGAGAAGCCAUUUUCAUGUUCAGAAUGCGGGAAAUGUUUUAACCAGAUAUCACAUCUUGUUAUCCAUCAGAGAAUUCACACAGGGGAGAAGCCAUUUUCAUGUUCAGAAUGCGGGAAAUGUUUUAACCAGAUAUCACAUCUUGUUUUCCAUCAGAGAAAUCACACAGGGCAGAAGCCAUUUUCAUGUUCAGAAUGCGGGAAAUGUUUUAACCAGAUAUCACAUCUUGUUAUCCAUCAGAGAAUUCACACUGGAGAGAAGCCAUUUUCAUGUUCAGAAUGCGGGAAAUGUUUUAACCAGAAAUCAGAUCUUAUUAGACAUCAGAGAAAUCACACAGGGGAAAAGCCAUUUUCAUGUUCAGAAUGCGGGAAAUGUUUUAACCAGAAAUCAGAUCUUAUUAGACAUCAGAGAAAUCACACAGGGGAAAAGCCAUUUAUAUGUUCAGAAUGUGGGAAUUGUUUUAAGAAGAAGUCCACUCUGUCCAUACAUGAGAGAAUUCACACCGGGGACAAGCCAUUUUCGUGUUCAGAAUGUGAGAAAUGUUAUAUCCAGAGAUCAGAUCUUAUUGUACAUCAGAGAAUUCACACAGGGGAGAAGCCAUUUUCAUGUUUGGAAUGCGGGAAAUGUUUUAACCAGAAAUCAGUUUUUGUAACACAUCAGAGAAUUCACACCGGGGAAAAGCCAUUUUCAUGUUUAGAAUGUAAGAAAUGUUUUUAUCAGAUAUCACAACUUGUUAUGCAUCAGAGAAUUCACACUGGAGAAAAGCCAUUUUCCUGCUCAGACUGUGAGAAAUGUUUUAUCCAGAAAUCAGAUCUUAUUGUACAUCAGAGAACUCACACAGGGGAGAAGCCAUUUUCAUGUUUAGAAUGCGGGAAAUGUUUUCACCAGAAAUCGGCUUUUGUUACACAUCAGAGAAUUCACACCGGGGACAAGCCAUUUUCAUGUUUAGAAUGUAAGAAAUGUUUUUCUCAGAUAUCACAUCUUGUUAUGCAUCAGAGAAUUCACACUGGAGAAAAGCCAUUUUCCUGCUCAGACUGUGGGAAAUGUUUUAUCCAGAAAUCAGAUCUUAUUGUACAUCAGAGAACUCACACAGGAGAGAAGGCAUUUUCAUGUUCAGAAUGUGGGAAAUGUUUUAAGCAUAAAUCAUCUCUGGUUGUACAUCAGAGAAUUCACACAGGAGUACAUCCAUUUUCAUGUUCAGAAUGCGGGAAAUGUUUUAACCAGAAAUCGGCUUUUAUUGCACAUCAGAGAAUUCACACCGGGGAAAAGCCAUAUUUAUGUUCAGAAUGUGGGAAAUGUUUUAGGAAGACAUCAGCCCUGGUUAAACAUAAAAAAACUCACAAAUAAGAGAAGGCAUCUUCAUGCUUAGCUUGUUAGUGACCGCCAUUACGUGUUUUAAUGGUGGUCACGAACUGGCUUUAUUCCAAAACAUACUCCUUUUUACAGGGAGGUAAAAUAUCACCUACCAGGGCUAGCCAUUACGUGUUUUAAUGGUGGUCACGAACUGGCUUUAUUCCAAAACAUACUCCUUUUUACAGGGAGGUAAAAUAUCACCUACCAGGGCUAGCUU